GUAAUAUGUAAAUUAUUAUUAUCCGGGAGUCAAUACAAUGUACAUCCACAAAGUAAACAUACAAUGCAUCGGGGCAUACCCUUAUAAAAUCAAAGCAAAGUGACACACAUGCCAAAGGCACGCACGCCCAAACAACAAAACAUGAGUAAACAAGCACAAGGGAAAAAAUGUACAUCACAUAGAAACAUGAUCAUCACCAUCACCAAGGCUCGUCCUCGUAAUAUGCAUCAACAUCGUCAAUGGGUCAUCAAAAGGAAGCAAAAUCCUCAUCAAAACUCCGAAAGUGAGACACGACCGGAGGGCUUUAUGAUUCAUCAAGACACCAACCAAAAGGGGUCAUUUGCGUCAUUGUUGCCACUACAACGACAAGUCCUCAGCAAGUGUAGGCUCAUCAAGUUCACCCUCAAGGAAAAGAAGCCGUGACCCAAGUCCACAAGUUUAACAUUCGCCACAUUGCCAGAGUAAACUCAGCCAUACCUGAACAGGGACGGCAACGGCAAUUGGCCCAUGUAAACUCUAGUAGAUCAGGCCUGAUGUCACAAAGCACGAGAGAAACGCCCAAUCCUUCCCUGAACGGUGUUGAACACUGGAGCGUCAGGCUCACAAUGGCUUUCCAACAAAAAUGUUCGGAAUGCAGCGAGAAUUGCAGAUGGUAAGCCCACCCAAAUGUGUUCAACGACGCAAAACUGGGGGAGGAAGAAGCGCGGUUAGUUUCAAGGCUAAAGGAAAGUCCUCAAUCACACACCCACGGAGAUGGCCUCAAGCCACUGCCCAAUGGCGUUAAGGGCCUAAGACCAGCCCCAAGACUGGUUUAGAACCCAAAACCAAAGCAGCACAGGUUGGUGAAGACGGUCAAUCUCAGCCCCAAACCAUCCACACAACGGUCAUGUUUUGCUCAAAAUCCUUCUCCAUCAUACCCAAGCACACGACCAAGGAACAACAGGUGAAAGGAACAUGGACAGUGGUAGACCAAACCACGUCAACCAGCCAUGAUCCCCAGGGAUUCAACAUGAUCAAAAGUCACGGUCUCACCCAAAGAAAUGGCCUCAAAGCACCUGCCCAACUACAUAUCAAGAACUGCCGGCGAGGACUUAAGGAGGCAGCAAAUCAUCUCAUCAAGCAGACCUCCAUACAAGGAAAGCAGCGAGAAAUGUAAAGCAAACCAUGUUCAACACUUCCCAUACCAGCUUCAUGGGCAGGAACUACCCCUGGGCAGUCCUAACCGAAUCAGUGCAGGCCAAGGAUGAAGAACAGUCACAAACCAGCAAAUUCAAGAUGAAAACCUUCCACAAGAGUUAUGAUUAGUUGACAAUUCAGUUACCAUUGCAGCUGCAAUAAAGGAGUACAGGCCAGCAAAGACCCAGGGCAAACCAAAAAUUGCAGUGUUGAAGGAACAGUAACGAAGAACAUGAACAGUGUCACGAAGCAAGGAUUCAAAGGUGACCAAAAUCCAUUGUUUGAUUCAGAAAACCAAGACCAGAAUCUUGAAUCCCCUUAGAAUUCGACCAAGAAACCAAAGGAUUGAAGCAAUCACAAGCAAAAAACCUGGUUAAUUCCGGAGAGCAAUCCUCGCUGUGAACUGUGCUCAGAAUCCAGAAAAAUCGCUCAAAAUCAGAGGAGACAUGAACUGGAACGGAAAUCCAACUUCAGCCCUUGAAAGAGUAACCCAAGGCGCUCAUAAUCCCUCAAAAUCCAGCAAUCAAACGUGCUUCAACAGAGAGUAAUCGAGCAACCCAGUGCCGCUGAUGAACAGUGACACGAAGUAUUUGACUUCCGAUUUCUCCUCCAUCCAGCAACGUAAUCCAGAAAUUGAGCCUAGAAUUGGAAUCCUUGGCUCAAAACGAUUCAAGAGCAAGCAGAAUCGUGUCAAAAACAUCAAAAAUCAAGAUGGAAUCGGAGGUCAACCCCAGGGAUGAACAGCAUGACACGUAGAUGAUCUAGUUGGCCUUUUUUACAUGUCACUGG